AUGCCCAAAUACUCCCGCACCGACCGACCGCCGCCGCCUGCGUCCUUGUCGCUCCUCGUUCGCUCGCUCCGCACUCGCCGACGAAGUUGGAUCCUCCUCCUCGCCGGGCUCCUCGCGCUGGUCGUGUACGGCAGGAUUGGCACAAGGAAUACUACGCUCAGCGCACACGGGGCAAGCGAGCUCGAACGGCGGGGCGUACGGUUUGAUCGCGAGAGGGACGAGGACGAGACUGUGGCCACCCGAUCUCAGCAAGCCCAUCUGCAAGCCCAAGAUCUACGUGUACAACCUCCCUCCUUCGCUCCAACUCGCCCAGAAGACCGCCUCGCAAUGCCGCUGGUCGGCGUACAACUCGGAGCUCCUCCUACACCAGCUACUCGCCAAGCCUCCGUCGUCCGAGCACCCUUCGCCAGACCACCCCCACCUCUCGCUCUACACGUCGAACCCGGACGAGGCCGACUUCUUCUUCGUUCCGCUCUUCCCGGCCUGCUACCUCUUCGACUGCUGGGUCAAGCCGGCUGGACCAAGACGGAGCGGUGCAAUGUCGACGAAGGCUACAUCCAGCCCGUCAUGCGGCACGUCCGCGAGACGAUGCCGUACUGGAACCGCUCUGCCGGCGCAGACCACCUCAUUCCGCACCCGAUGCACUACGUCGAUGGCUACUACACCGAGACGUCGCGAGCGGCGAUGAACGGUUCGUCGUACCUCGUCACCGUCGGCGACGUCCGUCCCGCGCCGUACGGCUCGCACUUCCGCUUCUACCGCGAUAUCGUCCUUCCCUCCUCGACGCACCUCCUCAACUCGUACUACGUCAAUCCGCUCGACUACGUCGACGAAGAUGGACACCCUCUCCGCGAGCCGCGAGGCGCUGCGGAUCCUCGCCGAAAGACGCAGGCCGUCCCGACCGGCGUCGAGAUUUUCCAGCCUUCGCCGCAUGAAGCCGGAGCGUGGCGACGCAGGCCGUCCUUCCGAAGCCUUGCGUCGAAGCUCGUUGGCGGCAGGGGCAUUGACCGAGACAGGCGAACCACGCUCGCCAUCUUUCGCGGCGGAGUCGGCACAGCCACCGACGGCGAGCGCUACGCUCUAGGCAUCCGUUCCCUCUUCUUUCCCUCAGACGGCAACGCUUCGACGCCGCCCUUCUCGUCCGCCAUCCAUCCCGGCUUCUCGUCUCUCCCCGGCUUCGACAUCGCCGAGCAGUCUGAGAACGACGACUACGCCUGCCGCCUCGCUCGCUCCAAGUUUGGCCUCGCUCCUCCCGGCUACACGCUCGACACGACGCGCAUCUACGAGUACCUCGCAUUCGGCGUCGUCCCCGUCUUCAUCGGCAGUGGACCUACGGCGGGCCAGGUCAUGCCGUUCGCCAACGACGUCGACUGGAGCAGCUUCUCGAUCUCGAUACCCCGCGACAGGGCACACGAGACGCCUCAUAUCCUCGCGCAGGUCAGCGACGACGAGUACGAGCGGCUCAGGCGGAAGGUGUGGGAGGUCGGGCGGAUGGUAGUCCUCGAAGGUCGUGAAGGGAACGUUUGGAAGCUCAUCGCACGCCAGCUGUGCAGGAUGAAGCGGUUGGGCAUUGCGGCAGGUCCGGAGAUUGUCAACAACUGA